AUGUUUGUAUUCACACAGGGCGUCAUUGACAUCAUCUUUGUAAUUGGCGUGAACCCCAUGUCCCAGAGCUCACAGAGCAUGCUGUAUAACCCCAUGCUGAGGAUGUGUCACAACAUCCAGGGCAGCCCCAGCCUCAGCGGCAGCGUGGGGGCAGCCUUUCCUGGAAGCUUCCCCAUGUACCAUCAGUACCUGUACCAUUACUGCUACAUGGACCCCGAGGAGGCAGUGGCGCUGGUUUUGGGCCUGAUGGUGGUGCUGGCCUUAUCUCUCUCGGCUUACUAUGCCUACAAGACUCGAAGUAAAAUUUGGCAUCAUGGAAAAUUUAACAUCUUCUGGGAUGAGCCACUGGCAAGGCCAGAGGAGGGGCAGGACGUGCAGGACUGGGUGAACCAUGUUGGAGAUGUGCGCAGCAUCCAGAAGGCUCCUACUGUUGUUGUCUCAGACACAGCAGCACCUGACCUGAAGGCAGACAACAGCAUUGUGUCCUAUGGCAACCGAAGUGAGGGAUAUUAUACAAGCAACAGUUUCUUUACAGACAACAGUAUCAGCCAUGAUGCUGACGAUCCGUGCCAGAACACUAGAGCUGCAGUUUGCUCCAGCAGCUCAUAUGAGACUGACUGCACUCAGAAGCUGCCAUGUCUAACGAAGAAGGACCACAAGUCCGUCCCUGCUGCUCAGGUGGUGGUGGAGUCCCAGUAUGAAACUGGUUAUACUUCAGGAGACACGGGCAACGAGCUGGACCGAAACAACUCAGAUUUCCUCUACAGACUCUACCCAGCAAUAACAACAGACGAGCAGCGAUGCAAGUACAAGAAAGACUUUGACUGUGAUUUGUCCCUAUACAAGAGUCUCUGUGCUGAAAUGGACAACAUCAGCGAUCAGAUGCGCAGACUGAGCCGGGAGCUGCACACUUUGGAUGAAGACUCCAUGAAGUACCAGGGUGUGGCAGAUGAAUACAACCGCUUGAAAGAGGACAAAAGG